CGGAUCGCGGUUCUUGAUCAUUCUCGCGUCGGACGUUCCGCGGUACGGAUCGGUUUUUAGGAACGGCACUGAUCUGCUUUGCUCCUGCUGAAUAUCCCGGGCAAGGCCUUUCCAAGACCCCCAUUCAACUGGAUUGGGUGAUUGGGUCUUUUUCCCCUUCUUCAGGUAGCUUCUCAACGGUCUCAAUCUGAUCUUGUGAGUGCUAAACCGUUUUGGCCCAGAAUUGGCCAAGAUUCUUCUCGGCCACGCGUGACCAAUUAGUGCCAGCAUUAUCUCGCGGGGGUUAGGUUCUUCUAAGAAGUGUUCACUCAGGUGGAAAAAUAAUUCGUAGACUGGAACAAGUACGGGAAACUGCAAGUGCACAACAUCAUCCCAAGAAGUGUGUUUCGGUUAUUUUUUUUUCUCUGCAUCUUCUUGUAAGUAAGUUGCUCUAUCAAACUGGGUGGGUGGUGUAAUUCUAGUGAUUUUUAACGGCUCAAUCGCAACCCAGUGUGCAUUUGGCGGUGCUCCAAGAGAAGCUUAGCCCAGUGACUUCGAUCAUAACUUCGCUGCCGUGUAGAUUUAUAGCACAUCGAUUGAGAUUUGAAAGGUCUCGUCCGGUGAUCGUCUCCAGUUGAAGCUGCUGCACAGAAAGUGGAAGCCAAGCCGUUCGCCUUUUGGAGGAAGUAGCUUGGUUUUGCGUAUAAAGAUUCAAACAGCUUGAUCGGCGAAUAAGGAAGCAGUACUGUAGGCAGGAUGUCGUCCUGCGCUUGUCCGAUGGGACCGCCAGUGGGGGCAACACUGGCGGCUCUCUGUGGUGGAUCCCAGUAUAUGCUCUUCAUGGGACUGCUGGAGGUGUUCAUUCGAUCUCAGUGUGACCUAGAGGAUCCCUGCGGAAGGAUGAAGUCGAAAACGAUACGAAACACGGACUACGAGUACGAUUUCAUCGUGGUGGGCGGAGGUUCCGGCGGGUCGGUCGUGGCCUCACGGUUAUCGGAGAUAAAAAACUGGAAAAUUCUACUCAUAGAAGCAGGUCCGGACGAACCGACGGGAGCGCAGAUUCCUUCCAUGUUUCUCAAUUACAUCGGUAGCGACAUAGACUGGAAGUACAACACAGAACCGGAGCAGUACGGUUGUCUCGGAUCUCCGGAGCAACGAUGCUACUGGCCAAGGGGAAAAGUUCUCGGUGGCACAUCGGUCAUGAAUGGCAUGAUGUACAUCCGUGGGAAUCCCGUGGAUUAUGAUGAUUGGGAAGCUAUGGGAAAUCCAGGAUGGAAGUGGAAGGAAGUGUUGCCAUACUUCUUGAAAUCGGAAGACAACCAGCAACCCAAUGAAGUUGAUAGCAAGUUCCACACGACCGGAGGAUUACUGCCUGUUUCCAAGUUCCCGUACAGUCCACCAUUCUCGCAUGCAGUUCUGAAGGCUGGUGAAGAAUUGGGAUACACUGUUCAGGAUUUGAAUGGAGCUAACACAACUGGAUUUAUGAUUGCACAAACGACCAGUAAAAACGGUAUCCGAUACAGUUCUGCUCGUGCUUUCCUCCGUCCAGCUGUUAAUCGACCAAACCUACACAUUCUUUUGAACACAACCGUGACCAAGGUACUGAUUCAUCCGACCUCCAAGACAGCUCAUGGUGUCGAAAUCAUCGACGAAGAUGGACAUAUGCGCAAAAUCCUGGUUAAGAAGGAGGUCAUCAUCAGUGGAGGAGCCGUUAACUCACCCCAAAUUCUUUUGCUCAGUGGCAUUGGACCCAAAGCCCACCUUGAAGAAGUUGGAGUGCGCCCAAUCCAUGAUCUACCUGGUGUUGGACAAAAUCUCCACAACCACGUUGCGUACUUCAUAAACUUCUUCAUCAACGACUCCAAUACGGCUCCGCUGAAUUGGGCCACUGCCAUGGAAUAUUUGCUGUUCCGAGAUGGACUCAUGUCCGGCACCGGUGUUUCUUCUGUGACCGCAAAGAUCAGCACCAAAUACGCUGAGCGACCGGACGAUCCGGAUCUACAGUUCUACUUCGGUGGAUUCCUGGCCGAUUGUGCGAAAACCGGCCAAGUCGGAGAGUUGCUGAGCAACGAUUCCCGGGCCAUCCAGAUCUUCCCGGCCGUGCUGCACCCCAAGAGUCGAGGCUUCAUUGAGCUGAAGACCAACAAUCCGCUGGACCCGCCUAAGAUUGUGGUCAACUACUUGAAGGAAGAUCUGGAUGUUAAGGUACUGGUCGAGGGUAUCCGGUUCGCCAUCAGGAUGUCGGAGACGGAGGCGCUGCAGGCUUACGGAAUGCAGCUGGAUCGACGAGCCAUCAAGGCUUGCGAGGAGCAUGACUUUGGAACUCAGGAAUACUGGGAAUGCGCAGUGCGCCAGAAUACCGGUGCCGAAAACCAUCAGGCCGGAUCCUGUAAGAUGGGACCGCUCCGGGAUCCGAUGGCCGUGGUAGAUCACGAGCUGCGCGUCCAUGGGGUGCGGAAUCUACGCGUAGUCGAUGCCUCGGUGAUGCCCAAGGUGACGUCCGGAAACACCAACGCUCCGAUAGUGAUGAUCGGUGAAAAGGCAGCCCAUCUGAUACGCAGGGCGUGGGGAGCUCGAGCCUAAAAGGGUUCCCAUUUUCCGAAAACUCAACUGUCCACUCUAGCAUUUAAUGGAGACUCAUCGUUUAGGGAGCCAGCAACAACAGCCAGGGAAGGGGCGGAUAUUCUUUCAAUCUGUCCUAACAACCUCUUGAGUGAGUGGCGGAAAAAGCCACGCCCACAUUAUUUCGAGAUUGAUCAACCAACAACCUGUUGAAAAAUUGCGUAACAUCCAGAAACUUAAGUAACAUAUUAUCAUUUUAGGAUCAUCGACUCAUAACGUUCACGAAUCCAUUGCGGCGUUUAUACCUUUGGACGUGGUAUUUUCAUGAAUACUGGUUACAAAGUACAAAAAGAAGAACAUAAUUCAUCGCAUUUCAUUCAUAGCGACAUUUAUUAUUUCAUUAUCUAGCGCGAACGGAACUUUUUCAUGUAAAUUAUGAAUAUUUUAUUUCCAUAAAUCUUUUAAUAAA